AUGCUACUUCUCCUUCCGCUCUUUACAUGCAUCUUGCUUUUUACCCCCUCCCUCCUUGAAUUGCAUGUUCAUUUCGGCUCUCUCCUGACAUCAAGACCACUUGUCAAUACUCUGACAUUGAUCCCAGGGGGUACCCGAGGCAUUGGCCUGGCGACUGCAAAGCUCUUUGCGGCCAAUGGCUCCAGAGUCGUGAUUCUCGGGCGGGAUCAGGAUCGAAUUAAUCGUGUUCUUGACCACGACCUUGCCCCGAUCUCAGCAGGAUCGGCUACCCACGUGGGCCUCCAAUGCGAUGUGUCCAAACACGAAGACGUGGAACGUACCGUCAAGGAAGUGAACAAGAUUGGUCCUGUGGACUACUUGAUUAUGUCCGCAGGCAUUGCCCGAGACUCGUUGCUCAUCGCACAUAACGCAGAAGAUAUGGAGAACGUUAUUCAAACAAACCUUAUGGGCACCAUUUGGAUUAACAAGGCCAUCGCGAAGGGCAUGAUGCGACGCAAAAAAGGCGCAAUUAUCAACAUCUCGAGUAUUGUAGGCGUUCAAGGAAACAUUGGUCAAACGGUCUACAGCGCUACCAAGGCUGGCAUCAUCGGGUUCUCAAAGUCGUUGUCCAAAGAAAUGGGAUCGCGGGGCAUCACCGUGAACGUGAUUGCGCCUGGAUACAUUGAGACAGAUAUGACUGCCAGUCUAUCCGAAGAUGCCAGAAGGCAUAUUAUCGGCAGAACCCCGAUGGGUCGCCUUGGUCAGCCAGAGGAUGUUGCAGAGACUGCCCUUUUCCUUGCGCAGGCAAAGUUCAUCACUGGACAGGUUAUCGGUGUCGAUGGCGGCUUUGUCUUAUAAUCAGAUCAUAUUUAAAAUAAAGAACAUCGUCUGCACAUUCAA